AUGAUUCUAGAGAAUAUUCAAAACUAGUUUUUCAAUAUUCUCAAAAUUUUAGUUGGUAAAACAACAACAUCAGAGCAGAUAGCAAUGAAAUAUGAAUUGAUUUAUAAACUGCUAUAAACUUAAGCCCACUCAGAUUAAAUGAGUUCCCUCCAUUUUUAAUCUUGCAACAAUAAGGAUUAAAUUUUCAAGAUCAUCUAAUCAUCAGGGAUGUUAAACAAUCUUAAAAUAAUAUUGCAAUUAAUGCUGAUAAUGCCUCGAUUAAAAGUUUAACUUAAUAAAUUAGCAGAAGGAAUUACUCAUUUAACUGAAAUUAAGCUUUGCAAGAUUGAUUUAGGCUUACCCUUUCUCUAAAGCAGAAUAAAUGCCUUUUAAGCUAAGCAUCUAAAUAAUAAAUAGUAUAAAGCAUCAGCAGCAUAACUAUAGGUAUCUCUUACUUGUUAAAAUAAUUAUUUCUCACCAUACUAAAAGAAAGAAGACCAAUACUAAAUAAAAUUCUUAAAAAUGAAAAAUAAUCUGAAUCUAGAACAUGUAAUUUUAAAAGAGAAUAUCAAAUUAAACUAUUAAAAUAGUUAUUGUUUUCUUAAAGCAGCAAGACAAGUUAAUAGUAAGGCAGUUUCUAAAACUAAUUUAUAAUUCUCUGUUGAUUAAUAAUAACCAUUUAAUAAAGAUAAUGAUACUAAAUUAAUCAUUCAACAAAAUAAGGACAUCAUAAAUAAAUUAUCCUAACCAAAACUAAAUAAGUUAAGAAAUGCUCUUUUAAUUGGAUAAAAACCAAGAAUUAUAAAAAUUUUGUAAAAAGAAAAAGCAAUAUCUAAUAAAAAUAAAUCAUAAUUGUUUGGAGGAAGUAAAAAUCAAAAAGAUUUUGAUAGCUAUUAAAAAACAAUCUUUAAGAAAAAUAGAAAAAAAAUUAGCUCAUUAAUAAAUACUAAUGUAGAGGAGAAUAAAAUUAAAGUUGAAUUUAAUGAAACUUAAAAUGAACAAAAUUAUUCUAAUACUCAAUAAGGAAAAAAUUAUGAAUUUAAUAAGGAACUAGAAUAAUUUUUUUUAAAUUGGCCCAAGUAUAUAAAAAUAAUUCAAAAGUACGAUUAAAGUUUGAAAAUGAAAAAAUACAAAAUUUUAGUUGAAUAAAAGGGAGAAUAGCCUUAAAGCACUAAAAUUAUCUAAUAAUCAUCUUAAACAGCUUUUCAGUUAUCAAACUAAGGUAUUUACAUUUCUAAUUAAAAAACUUCUUCUUAAUUUGGAUAAAAAGGCAUUCAAAGAUGUGAAUUCCUCAAAGAAAUUCUAAAUGCCAAAUAAUAAAAUCAAGAAAAUAAAAAGAAUUAACCAAUUAAACAAACAAAAAAUCUUGAUGAUUAUUCUGAGCAAUUUUUAAGAUAAAUAUUUAAAUUUGGUGAUCAUAUCAAUAGUGGAGGGGAGGCAGAUAUUUUUACAAAUCAAAAUGAUAACAAUAUUGCAUAUAGAGUAAUUAAAUUAAAUGGAGAUGAGGAUCUAAGGAAAUAAGAAAAAGAAUUAUUAAGAUUUUAGGAAUUAUAAGAAUAAAAUAUUUUAAAUUUAAAUAGUUCUCAUCUAAUAGAAGAUAAAGUUAAUCAUACUAAAUAUAUCAUUUAUGCUAUGUAAAAAUGUUAAAUGAGUCUUCAAGAUGAAAUAUUAUCAAAAAAAGUUUUUAGUCUUAGAGAAACUUUAAAAUUUAUUUCUACUGCAUUUCAUUUAUUGAUUGUACUUAGAUAAAAGUAUAUUUAUCAUUCAGAUAUUAAACCAGGAAAUAUCUUAAAAUUUGAUGAUAAUAAUUACUAAUUAUCUGAUUUUGGUGCUUCAUAAUAAGUUGAUUUUAUUGACCCUUUUUGUGAUUUUGAAAUGUAUACACCUGGUUUUAUACCAUAAAAAAAUAAGAAUUUACCUUUUUAUCAUGAUAUGUAUUCUUUUGGUAAAACUAUCCAAAAGUUAUUAAUGUAAUCAGAGAAUCAAUCAGAAAUUUCUGAUUUUUUAAAUAAAUUUAAAGAUGAAGAAAUUUGUAAAGAUGAUGAAAAUUCUAUUAAUGUAGAUUGCUUUGAGUUGCCAAGAAAGUUUAUAAAUAUUUUAAUGGAAUUUACUAAUCAUGAAGUAAAGGCAUUCUUAGAGGAAUAUUUAAAAUAGAUAGAACAAUUCUUAGUCAUCAAAAAAGAAAAUAAAGUAUUUCAGUAUGAAUCAUAAUAUUAAUAUGCUGAAAUAGCUCUUUUCAUUAUUUUAAAAAGUCAAGAUAACAAUUAGUAGAGUCAGUUAACUUCAAUUAAAAUUAAGGCACUGAUAACUAAAAGUUAUAUUUUAUGUAAAAGAAAACAAUAUUAAUAAUCUCUCUAAAUAAUUAAUGAAAUUUUUAGAGAAGAUUUUGAAGAUAAUAGUGAGUCAGAAAUCCUAAUAAAAUCAAUUAGAAUUGUAACUAAGAUCUUAAUAAAGCUAAAUAAUAAGACAAAAUUAUCAUAAGAAAAUUAAAAUAAACUGAUUGAAUUAAUUAAAUUAGCUAAUAUAGGUGAAGAAUUUGAUAAAUUAAAAAUAAAGAUAAUAGAGCUUCUAUUGCUAAAAUCAAAUGAUAUAUAUCCAAUCAUUAGAAAUUUUUAUGAUUCUCUAAAAAAAUAAGUUGAAAACUAGGAGUUUGAUAUAGUUUAUAGAAUAAUUAUCAAAUUGAUUAGGUAUUUAAGAAAAUAAAAUUGUUAUGAAAAAUCUCUUUAUUAUUUAAUUUAAUUUAUUAAAGAUGAUAAAACAAAUCAGGAUUCUUAUUACAAGUAAAAAUUACUGAAAGAAAUGGGCUUAUACCUUUACAAAUUUCUUUUUUAAAAUGAAUAGCUAGACAUAAAAUUAUAAGUUAAAUAUGAAAAAGAAAUUUUACUCUUGCCAUUAAUUAUUUUUAAUUGCUUGAAUGACAUUAAGCUAAAAAAAUCAAAUUUAUAAAUUUAAUUUGAUAAAAGUAUUUGGUAAUUAUAUUCAAUAAUUAUAAAGCUAUAAGAAUUAAAUAUUUAUAGCUUUGAUGAACGCAAUAAUAUUUUAAAUAAUUUAGAAAAAAAAUUUAAAAAUAUAAUGGUUAAAAUAGAAGAUAAUAACUAAUUGCCAUAUAAAGAAUAUGUUUUAUACAACAAACUUAAUUACUAUGAAAAGUAUCUGAAAAGAAAUAAUAUAAAAAAUUAUUAGUUUUUUAAUGAAGAAGAAAUUAGAUACAAAGAAAAACAAAUAAUUUAAUCAAUAAGUCUUAUUUAAUAAACAAUUAUUAUGGAUAACAAAUAAAAUAAAAAUGAAACAAAUAGUGAGAUAUGUUAAAAUCAAAAAGAAGCAAUGAGCUUGCUUAAUUUGAUAACAUACUUUGAAAGUAAAGAAAUAAGUCUAAAUUAUAUAGGUUCUUUAGAAAAAUUCAAUGAAGAGUUUGAAUCACUUAAUUCUUAGCUCAAUUUUUAUAAUAUAAUAUAUUACGAUCUAAAAAAGUAAUUAUUUAAAUUAAAAUCGUUUUGCUAAAAAAGAAAUUUAAAUUUAUUUAUUUUAAAUAAUUUUUUUUUUGUCAAUAUUUAAUUUUAGUUAUUAUUAAAAUAAAGCUUGUAUGAAAAAGAGAAGAUUUUUAUAGAAAUUACGAAUUUAAAUAUUGAAAUACUUGAUUAAGAUGAGUGUGAAUAUUACUAAAUUGAGAAGGAAGGAUCUUUAAGUUUAAUAAUAAAGUAAAAUUAUUUGGUUCAUUUAAUUCAUUAAAUUGAAUAAAUUACAUAUUUUUAAAAAUUCUUCAUAUUUUUUAGAUUUUAAAUAUUUUACUAAAAAUUAAAUAAAUUUCAUGAUAAAUUAUUGAUUAUCUAUUAAUUGCUCAAAGUCAUAUUUAUUAAAUAAAAUAUUAAUAGUGAGUUUAGUAAAGAAAGCUUAUUAAAUAAUCCAUAUUUUACUUUUCUUACAUAAAAUUUGAGAAAAGUACAAGCUCUCAAAUUCAAAUACUAAUUCAAGUAAGCAAUUCUGUUUAAAGAUUAAAUUAAUUUAUAUUAUUUAAAUAUUAUUAUUCAUAAUAGAUUUCUCUUUGAUUUUUAGUCUCGUGGAGAAAAUUAUUAACUUGAUAUCUUAAAUAAAUUGAAUUUUUAUUUUGAAUGGUUUAGGCUAACUAAAAUUCUAAAUAACAUCACUCAUUUAACACUCGAUUUUAGGUAAUUAGUUUUAUUAAUUAGAUAGUUCUCUACUUUUUAUUCUAAAUUAUAUUUUUACUUUUCUUCAUUUAUAAAUAAAUAAAAUCGAUAUGUUUUUAUAUAUUUAAUAUAUAUGAUAGAUUUUUUAAAUUUGGUACAUAUUAGAUGUCUAAAUUAUUAUGAAAUUAUAUAAAUUUUUUAUUUUAUAAAAUGCUUAAAUAAUUUUAUAAGAAUUAUUAUUAUCUUAGCAUUAAAAUUUUAGAAUUAAUACUCUGCCAACAUUUUAAAUUUAUUUUAUUUAUCAUAAAAUUUUUAAAAGAAAGUUUAAAUUAAAAAUAAUAUAAUGAAUUCAUUUAAGAAUUUAAUUUUUCUUCUUUAAAUAACAAUAAAACAUUUUCUUUUAUUUUAGCAUUUUUUUUAUUAAACAUUAAAAAGAACCAGUAGGUUUAUGAAAAAAAAUUAUUACUAAUAUUUCAAAUAUUAUCUUUAUUUUAUUUUCAUAAUUAUAAUAGUGAAAUACAAGCCUUAUUAUAAAAAGAAAUAGAUUAGAAUUAACAGGAAAUUUUAUAUCAUUUUAAUUAGAUGUGCCCAAGAAUUACUGAAUUAAAUAUUAGUUAUAAGUAAAUUUCACUUUUUCAAAACAAAAUAAUAAAUUAAUAUUAGUAUUCUUAAAUUAACAACUUAACUAAUUAAAAUUAUUUGA